CCCGUCUGGAAUGCGGGAACAGGCUGCGCACCAGGACUUUUAUGGAAACUUGCUGCCGGGGACCGCGGCGGCGGCGGCAGCCAGAGGGCUCCCAGUGACUGGAGCAGCAGUGGCUGCGGUCGGGACUCUCAGACCCCUACCUACCCUCAAGCGCCGCACGCGCACAGUCGCUCCGCACGCGAAGAGGUCCUUCGCUUGUCACCGGUACCUGAAGGGUGCAAAAAUAUACAAAGCUGCAUCAGCCCAAAACCAUACUGAGCAAAUAUGAAUGAUAUUUCCCAAAAGGCCGAGAUUCUGCUUUCUUCAUCUAAACCUGUCCCAAAAUCCUAUGUGCCAAAACUUGGCAAGGGUGAUGUAAAGGAUAAGUUUGAAGCCAUGCAGAAAGCCAGGGAAGAAAGAAAUCAAAGGAGAUCUAGAGACGAAAAGCAAAGAAGAAAAGAACAAUAUAUUAGAGAGAGAGAAUGGAACAGGAGAAAGCAGGAGAUUAAAGAAAUGCUUGCUUCUGAUGAUGAGGAAGAGGUAACUUCUAAAGUAGAAAAGGCUUAUGUCCCAAAGCUAACAGGGACUGUUAAAGGUAGAUUUGCUGAAAUGGAGAAACAAAGACAAGAGGAACAAAGGAAGAGAAUGGAGGAGGAACGAAAACGAAGAAUUGAACAGGAUAUGUUAGAAAAGAGGAAAAUACAGCGUGAAUUAGCAAAAAGGGCCGAGCAGAUUGAGGACAUAAACAAUACGGGAACUGAAACAGCAUCAGAGGAAGGAGAUGAUUCACUACUUAUAACAGUGGUACCUGUCAAAUCAUACAAAACACCUGGAAAAAUAAAAAAGAAUUUUGAGGAUCUAGAAAAAGAGCAAGAAGAGAAAGAAAGGAUUAAGCAUGAAGAAGAUAAAAGAACAAGAUAUGAAGAGCAACGACGAUCUCUCAAAGAAGCAAAAUGUCUUUCAUUCGUCAUGGAUGAUGAAAUGCAAAGUGAAGCAAAAAAAGAAUCAUUUUUUCCUGGAAAAUUGAAACUAACUUUUGAAGAAUUGGAGCGACAAAGACAAGAAAACCGAAAAAAACAAGCUGAAGAGGAAGCAAGACAACGUUUAGAAGAGGAGAAGCGUGCUUUUGAAGAAGCAAGGCGGCAAAUGGUAAAUGAAGAUGAGGAAGACCAAGACACGGAAAAAAAAUUUAAAGGAUACCGCCCUGGUAAGCUCAAACUGAGUUUUGAAGAAAUAGAAAGGCAAAGGAGAGAAGAUGAAAAAAGGAAAGCAGAAGAGGAAGCCCGAAGGAGAAUAGAGGAAGAAAAGAAGGCAUUUGCUGAAGCACGAAGGAGCAUGGUAGUAGAUGAUGACUCCCCAGAAAUAUAUAAAACAAUCUCUCAAGAAUCUCUCACACCGGGAAAACUGGAAAUAAAUUUUGAGGAAUUACUAAAACAAAAAAUGGAAGAAGAAAAAAGGCGAACAGAGGAGGAACGGAAGCAUAAACUAGAAAUGGAGAAACAGGAAUUCGAACAACUGAGACGAGAAAUGGGAGAGGAAGAAGAAGAAAAUGAAACCUUUGGAUUGAGCAGAGAAUAUGAAGAAUUAAUCAAAUUAAAAAGAAGCGGCUCUAUUCAAGCUAAAAAUCUAAAAAGCAAAUUUGAAAAAAUUGGACAGUUGUCUGAAAAAGAAAUACAGAAAAAGAUAGAAGAAGAACGAGCAAGGAGAAGAGCAAUUGACCUUGAAAUUAAAGAACGAGAAGCAGAAAACUUCCACGAGGAAGAUGAUGUUGAUAUAAAGCCUGCAAAAAAAAGUGAGGCUCCAUUUACUCAUAAAGUGAAUAUGAAAGCAAGAUUUGAACAAAUGGCUAAGGCAAGGGAAGAAGAAGAACAAAGAAGGAUUGAAGAACAAAAGUUUCUGCGAAUGCAGUUUGAACAAAAAGAAAUUGAUGCAGCCCUACAAAAGAAAAGAGAAGAGGAGGACGAAGAGGAGGGUAGCAUCAUGAAUGGCUCCACAAUUGAAGAUGAAGAGCAAAUCAGAUCAGGAGCUCCAUGGUUCAAGAAGCCUCUGAAAAACACCUCAGUUGUAGAUAGUGAGCCAGUCAGAUUUACUGUUAAAGUAACAGGAGAACCCAAACCAGAAAUUACCUGGUGGUUUGAAGGAGAAAUACUACAGGAUGGAGAAGACUAUCAAUAUAUUGAAAGAGGAGAAACUUACUGCCUUUACUUACCAGAAACUUUCCCAGAAGAUGGAGGAGAGUAUAUGUGUAAAGCAGUCAACAAUAAAGGCUCUGCAGCUAGUACCUGUAUUCUUACCAUUGAAACUGAUGACUACUAGGCUACCUUCUCAACUUGGAACUUUCUCUAUCUACAACUUUCUUUCUUCCUACAUCCAUCUUUUCUGUGGCAGUGCCAAAAAGGAUACCAUAAGUACCACUAUGUUGACUUCUUAAUUCCUUUUUCAUAAGUCUUCAAAAACACACUCAUCUAAAGAAUAUUUACUUUUUCAACUGAGCAUCAAAUUUAUAAACAUUAUGCAAUAGUAGUCAAAAAUAUAUUUAUGGGGUGGGAAACUGAUUCAGUUAUAAUGGUGGUAUAUUUCCUGUAGAUUUAUAGCAAUUAUGUUUUUUAAAAAGUAAACAUUAUUUUGCAUGAAAGAAUUACCAUUUGUGAGCUUUUACACCUAAAAUUAGCCUGAGCUGAGACAACUAAUUUGGAUUCGAGUUGGCUUUUUUUCUUAGUAACUGAAUGUUUCAGUCUUUCUGAAGUAGAAGGGGAAGAGGAUCAUUCUUUUCAUGGGAAAGGAAACAUGGAGAAAAAAACAAUCACCAGAAAAAAUCAGAUAAGAAACCACUGCCUAUACAUUGUUCUGAGUGUUAGGAAUACUUAAAUGUAUUUUUCAAAUGUGUGUAAUAUUAUAACCAAACUACUGAAGCAAAUUUUGUUAUGAUCUUGCUUGAACAAAUUAUAUUUUAAUGAGAAAACUUUGUAUGACUAGUUCAUGCAGGAGAAAACAUUUUCAACAUAAUUGAAGGUUUCAAGAUUUAAGAGGACUGACUUAGUAAAAAGCCUUUAAUUAAAAACACUAGUCUAUUUGUAAAUAACUAGUUAUGUUAUCAAGUUGUUUUUAUAUUUUAAUUUUCUGGAAGAUGGUUUUAUUUUACAAUGUAAACCCAUUAAUGAAGUAACUUGUAUAUUAAAUAAAAAAGAUCUUUCCUUGGUUUAAAGACUUGUCCAAUCAGAUGUUUACCCUUUAUCAUUGGAAUUCUUAAAAACCAGUAUUUUCUCACAAUCCUUUAAUGUCAAGACAAAAUUCUUUUUCCCGAGUAUCAAAUGUAUAAAAGACACAAAAUACUCUUAUAAUUCACCAAAGUACAUUUAUUAAUUUUUUUUAUUGAGGAGACCAUAAUGAAUACAAAAUUACAGCAAGCAUGUAUCCUUUUACACACAAUGUCA